AUGAGCUUGUUUGUUUCUGGGUUGUCUCGUCUAUCAAGCAAAGAGGCUAAAGCAACUAUGUUGGUAGGAGACAUGGACAUAGCAAGACUUACGAUCCAUCUACAACAGGUUGAGGAAGAUAAGCUAAGAGAUAGAGAAGAGUUUCGGAAUAAGAAGGCUAAGACAACAAGAAAUGAGUCAGGGCAGCAGAAAAGCAAUGUGAACCGGUCAUCCUUUCAACACAAGCCAAAUGGACCUGCUCCCUUAUUUACGAGUGCACUUGCACCUAGGAAAAAAAGGCAGGGCAAUGACAAUGGGGACAAUAGAUCCCAAUCUUCUUUAGUGGCUCUGCCAGAUAGUGAUGUACCUAGAGGAUCUACUUCAGGGAUAGGCGGAGGAGCAAGCCGUCUGUAUGUUAUCAUUGGUCGCCAGGAGCAAGAGAAUUUUCUAGAUGUUGUCACUGCACCAUGGAAGGGACCACAGGUUGGCCUACCUUCUUUGGGUGCUGAUCUUUCUAGAGAUGUGGAGAAGAUUAAGAUUGAGUAG